CCUUCAAUCUUCCCACCGUCUCUCUCUCUCUCUCUCUCUCUCUCUCUCUCUCUGUUCCAAAACAGAAGCUCUAGAUCUCGAGCAUACCGCCGGAUCAGAUCAGAUACCGUUCUUUAAUCCAAAGCUUUAGAUCUCGAGUCGAUCCCAAGCUGUUAGAUUUAAAACUCGAUUAAAAGCUCCAAAUCGCUACUUUCAGCAGACCGAAUAUCUAAAAUCGGGAAAUUUCUACCCUGAUGAGGUGAAACGGCAGAUCGAUCCGAAGAUUUCUUUUCAACUCGACGAAAAGGCUCCAAAACCUCCGCUUUCAAUGGUGAACAGGAAAGAUCUACAAUUUUUGUUGCCAAAACAACGAAUCGAUCUGAUAGUUUCAGUAUGAAAUCGAUCCGAAGCUGGAAAUCGCGAUUUCUUUUACCUUAUGGAGGUUUCGAAACACGAAAGAUCUGCUCAACGAUGGAUUGAUCAACAGAUUUCUGUUUUAACUCGAUUAAAAGCAAGAAAUUUUCGAUUUGCGACGCUUCGGAAACGUGAAAGAUCUGAUCUCUUGUGCUGAAGCGGUGGAUGAAUCUGAGAAUUCCGGUUCAAAACCUGUUAAGAUCUCGAUCGCCAUUUUUACCAUCUGAUGCCACAGGAACGUCGAAAGAAGCUCUGCAGUGCCGAAAUUUUGGAUUAAAAUGACUGUUUCAGUCUAAAUUGGACAAGAUCGUAGAAAUUUCAGCUCACUGCUCGUUUCCGAGCAAAAUCACUACCAGAAGUCGAAAAAAUCCCAAUUGACAUAUCGAUCCUGACAACUUGCAGCACAUUCACAUUCUAAAUCUCAGCAACAUCACCGUUCUCGAAGAACGGGUGGUUGAGAGAUGUUGAAGGCCCAUUAUCAUCUCUCCAGUGCUAUAGUGGUGGGACUCUGGCAUUCAGAUUUCAGAUCGUGGCAUGUGGAUACGCAGAUCUCGCGAAGUUCUUUAAUGCUGACGAUCUGACGGUUGGAAACGUCCAACGCCUUGUUCAGAUUUCUGCAACAUGGAUCCGUACAGAUCUGGUGGGAAACCCGAGCCGAGGAGAUAAAACGAGAAAUAAAGACGAGGAGAUCAGCGGCAGAUGAAAGCCGCACGUUAUCUCACACCGACCGAAAUCUCCCCAUUCAUCAUUUCAAGCAUCUGGGGAAAUUUCUAGAAGCGUCCAACGAGAGGAAAAUCCCACGCCUUCUGCUCUCACUCUCGGUGAAAAAACAAAUCUGAGCAUUGCCGUGGUUGGAAACAAGGUAUUGGGUUGGAGAUUUGAGUUCUUGGUGAAGCAUGGAUCCUGAAUCGGGAAAUUGUUGGAGUUCUUCCAAGAAGGAAUCUUGGAAGACUGUUCUGCUCUUAGCAUAUCAGAGUCUCGGUGUCGUGUACGGAGACUUGAGCAUCUCCCCCUUGUAUGUUUACAAGAGCACGUUUGCAGAAGACAUAACACAUUCAGAGACAAAUGAAGAGAUUUUUGGCGUGCUUUCUUUUGUCUUCUGGACCCUUACUCUAGUCCCUCUCUUCAAGUACGUUUUCAUAGUUCUGAGAGCUGAUGACAAUGGAGAAGGUGGCACUUUUGCCUUGUAUUCUUUGAUAUGUCGGCAUGCCAAAGUGAGCCUUCUGCCUAACAGGCAGGUCGCAGAUGAAGAAGUCUCUACGUAUAAGCUGGAAUCUCCUCCAGAGAUGAAAAACAGUUCAAGGGUGAAAAACUUGCUUGAGAAGCACAAGAACCUGCAUACAGCUUUGCUGCUAAUUGUUCUGCUUGGCACUUGUAUGGUGAUUGGGGAUGGCGUGCUCACCCCAGCAAUAUCCGUUUUCUCUGCAGUGUCAGGCCUUGAGUUGUCCAUGUCCAAAGAACACCAUCAAUAUGCUGUGGUUCCGAUCACUUGCUUUAUAUUAGUGUGUUUGUUCGCCCUACAGCACUAUGGCACACAUCGGGUUGGGUUCUUUUUCGCACCAGUUGUGUUGGCUUGGCUACUUUGCAUCAGCACCCUUGGCUUAUACAAUAUCUUUCAAUGGAACCCGCUUGUUUAUCAAGCGCUCUCUCCAUAUUACAUGUACAAGUUCUUGAAGAAGACAAGGAAAGGUGGUUGGAUGUCUUUAGGCGGAAUUCUGUUAUGCAUAACAGGCUCAGAGGCAAUGUUCGCAGAUCUUGGCCAUUUCUCUUACAGAGCAAUUCAGAUUGCUUUCACUUUUCUAGUUUAUCCGGCACUCAUUCUGGCAUACAUGGGCCAGGCUGCUUACUUGUCUAAGCACCAUCAUUAUUACACAAGUUAUCAGAUUGGGUUUUAUGUCUCUGUUCCAGAGAGCGUAAGGUGGCCGGUGCUCGUAAUAGCUAUCCUCGCAUCCGUGGUGGGAAGUCAAGCGAUCAUCAGUGGGACAUUCUCGAUCAUCAACCAGAGCCAGUCGCUCGGUUGCUUCCCUAGGGUUAAGGUUGUCCACACCUCUGAUAAAAUACAUGGCCAAAUCUACAUCCCUGAGAUCAACUGGAUGCUUAUGAUCCUCUGCCUUGCUGUGGCCGUCGGAUUCAGAGACACGAAACACAUGGGGAAUGCAUCAGGGCUUGCGGUGAUGACGGUAAUGCUGGUGACCACAUGUCUAACAUCUCUAGUCAUCAUCCUCUGCUGGCACAAGCCCCCUCUGGUGGCGCUUGCCUUCCUCCUCUUCUUCGGCUCCGUUGAGGUCCUCUACUUCUCAGCCUCUCUCAUCAAGUUCCGUGAGGGCGCAUGGCUGCCUAUCCUCCUCGCCCUCUUCCUCAUGACUGUCAUGUUCGUCUGGCACUAUGCCACCAUCAAGAAGUACGAGUUUGAUCUCCACAACAAGGUCUCCCUUGACUGGCUCCUCGCCCUGGGCCCCAGCCUCGGUAUCGCCCGUGUCCCGGGCAUUGGCCUUGUCUAUACUGAUCUCAUCUCCGGCAUCCCUGCCAACUUCUCCCGCUUCGUCACCAACCUCCCUGCCUUCCACCGUGUUCUCAUCUUCGUCUGCGUCAAGUCAGUCCCUGUCCCCUACGUGCCCCCUGCUGAACGCUACCUUGUAGGCCGCGUCGGGCCUCCAAACCACCACUCAUACAGGUGCAUUGUCCGAUACGGGUACCGGGACGUUCAUCAGGAUGUUGACUCAUUCGAGUCGGAGCUUGUUGCUAGGCUGGCUGAUUUCAUACGCUUUGAUGGGUCCCGCUGUGGGGGUAGUGGCAAGUACAGUGUCGAUGGGUCCCAGUCCGGCGAGUCAGUGGAUGAAGGCGCAUUGACGGUCAUUGGGACGGCAUUCUUGGACCCACCAGCUUAUGAUAUCGACGAGAAUGCACAGCCAGCAAGCGUAUCGAUCGGGUUUCAGACGGUGGAGAGCAUAGGGGAUAUGAUAGAGAUGGAACCGGUCAGCACGCAACGGCGGGUGAGGUUCAUGCUCGAUGAGAAUGUGGAAGUGGACUCACGUAUCCGGGAAGAGCUGGAGGAGCUGUGGGAGGCACAAAAUGCUGGAACGGCCUUCAUACUCGGCCACUCCCACGUGAAGGCGAAGCAAGGAUCGUCGAUCCUGAAACGGUUGGCCAUCAACUUCGGCUACAAUUUCCUGAGGAGGAACUGCCGGGGGCCAGAGGUGGCGCUCAAGGUGCCGCCGGUGUCGCUUCUUGAGGUCGGCAUGGUGUAUGUCGUGUGAUCAUCGCAAGUGGGCCCUUCCCCACGUGUGCAUAGCUAACCAAUGGUCUAGAUCGUAUGAGGCGUUUAAAAGAGUAACGGUUAUUUCUGGCUUAUUGAUUUUGGCUUCCUUGUUCACUGUCA